CGUUAAAAAACUCGCACUAAGCACACUGCACACACUGUCGACCAUAGCUUUCCGCUGAUUGGUGGGAUUCCAGUUCUACUCCUAUCUAGUUUAUUUUUUGUAUCUUAUAUCAAUUUACAUGGUUAGUCAUAAUAUGACACGGUGCGUUAUUUACUUUAUUAAUAUAUAUCUACGCACUAUAAGUACGUUUAUAUGAAAACUGCAAUGUCUAAGCGCACAGUACUAAACGAGAAUUACAAGGGCAUAGUGGAGUCGAUGAGUAUUCCUGCUGAAAUACACGAGAGAAACGGCAAGAAGUACGCGAGCGUGGGGUCCAUACUGCCGAUACACUGCUGCCCGCCCGAAGAGCUGGAGCGACGCGCUGAGAGCACGCACCACUACUGCGGCGUGUUCACCGACGAACUGCUGGCGCCGCUCGAGGAACUGGCCUACGUUAGACUCGACGAGAAUACUGCUGAGAAGGUCUUCAUAAACAGAGCCAAGCGCAUACUGAUAGUGUCAAGCGACGGGCACCUGGCGCAGUGGCGGUGCGCGCCGACCUUCGAGUCUGCGAACCGGUACAUCGCCGGCACGCCCAUCGUCGACCAGCGCGGGGGCGUCAUCUCCGUCGUUGUGGCGAAGAAAAACAACCACUAUGCCGUCUCCUCCUUCGAGGGUGAAGGCGGAUACUUUGAGAGCACACAAAACUGGAAGGUGGUUGAACCGGCUGCAGGCGGCUAUGCGUACGGGGAGUUGACUUUCCCGAGCCGCACCGCCCUCCGCGAGCACGUGGCGGGGCUGCGCGGGGGCGCGGGAGCGUGGGGGGACGCCGUGCCCGUGCUGCGGGGGGGCACGUCGCCGCGCCUCGCGCUGGUGCUGGACGGCAGGCAGCUCGCACACUACUACCUGCACAACGUUAUUGUGGACGUAGAAUACUUGUAACACGGAAAUGUAAAAGUAGGAUUCAUAGUUGAACAACGCUUUUUGAAAAGUGUUUUUGUUACAUCUAGGUCAUGUGCUCCGGUUGCUAGUGACAUGUUAAGUUUCUCACAUUUGUACAUUCAUCAAUUCCAAACGAUUAAUAAUCCAUGAUAUUUACACUCUGACGUGUGAGGCCGCGCGUGCUUUGGGUUGUUUCGCCGCAAGUGUACACGGCACGACACAGUGAUGUAACCGACUGUACCAUAACGUUGCUGUUAACGGUGUGCUUAGUGCGAGUGUUUUAACGUUCUCGAUGGUGUAAAAGUUAACUCAAAUUUGUAUGCAGUUGCAACAGCGCCCCUAGCGGCAACUAAGUUUGCUAAACGUUCCAACUCCUUACGAAUUUGAAUUAUCACAAGCACAUUGGUCGACCUGGCGACACUGCCGAUACAAUAAAAUUAUCUUUAAACCAAAAUCUACUAAUCACGAUUGGCCGCGCUUUUGAGAUUUGAACUACAACUGAGGCGGCGCUGUGUUAACCUUCGGUUGCAGGUUCAUGCUGUGAAGCGUGAUACGUAACGAAGUGUAUUCAUUCAAUGCGCAUUUGUAGAUGCGAACGCUAGUCGAACUAUUAAAGUAGUUAAUUAACCAUUGCCAAUAAUCCAUUGUAACGUAUAGGUAUAUUAGCGAUGAGACAUACCUACUUGUAAAAUUGAAUACCAGGGCUUCUAAGUACGUGUACGGAAAAAUACUAGAGUCGAAAACCAGGUUUUAAAAAUACUUUAAAGUAUUUGUUAGUAUGAAAGAUUUUCAAGUACCAAUAUAUAUAUAUAUAUAUAUGAAUAAUAAUAUAGUUCGAGUCGGGUCACAAUUCUGGACGUUUUUUAAAUUUUUUGUUCAUGAAAAUUAAAUGUAAUUUUUCCUUCUUAUUUAUAAGGGUCUUCCAGUGACUGUGAAAUUCAAAUUUUACAAAUCGCAGCUCUGCAUCAGGUGGAAAUUUGAUAAAAAUCGCGAUUUUAUAGUACUGAUUUAAAACCAUAAAUAUCAUCUCACAUACAUGCAAUGAGUAUAAAUUUAAAUUAAAUUAAACUUUAAACAUGAAUCAUUCUCCUGUGCAGUAUUUUCAUGUGAAUGUUCUAGUUUUUUGAGCAUCCGACUUCAGCAUAUAUACUUUCAUACUUGCAAGUAUUUUUUGGUCGUACCAGGGCGUUGAACUUCGAAGUGAAAACCUGGUAGCGUAAAUACGCCUCAUCUUUAGUAUAUAUUACUUACAGCUGUUACACAUGUGCUGUAUGGGACAAGUUCGUCAGCACAAGACGGGUGGGAACUGUUUGAGGUCCAGUUGUUAUUGUUACUCUAUGAAGUCAGCAUAUCCUAGUAGUACACAGUAUUCUGUACCAAAUUAAUCAUUGAAAUAUUCGUGACAUUUCUUAGAAAUAAUUACAUCGGUUGGUAUGCUCGGGUAACCUGUUGGAUUUCAGUGCAUCGUAUAUGAUAUUUUAAAUAGUUUCAGGUGUAUAUUUCUGAAAUAAAUAUAUAUAAACGAA